AUGGCUAGAAUAGUGGGUUCUAGCCACGCUCAGUUGCAACUCAACUUCUAUGCAAAGAGCUGUCCGCAAGCAGAGAAGAUAAUUCAAGAUUAUGUGCAAAAGCAAAUCCCAAAUGCUCCAUGUCUUGCAGCUGCCUUGCUCAGACUGCAUUUCCACGAUUGCUUUGUCAGGGCAAGUUGUGAUGGUUCUGUGCUCCUGAAUUUCACUUCGAGCACGAAAAACCAAACUGAAAAAGUGGCUGUUCCUAACCAAACGCUGAGAAGCUUCUCAUUCAUCGAUGGUGUGAAGAAAGCAGUUGAAACUGAAUGCCCUGGAACUGUAUUUGCUUAUAGUCGUAUCCUACUCAGACCACUAAAUAGAGCUGAGGUUAUAGUUGAGGCUGUUGAUAGAAAACCAAGAUGA